AUGAUUUGCAUGAGCGACUUGACAUGUGGAGAUGUGGUUCGCACAGAGCGUGGAUGGUCUCCGGUUGUGGGAUGGCUGCACCGCUCCAUCACCGACACCGUCGACAUGUUGGAAAUGGUCACUUCCAUGGGAACGCUAGUCGCAACCCCGAACCACUUGUUCUUCCGACCGGAUGGCACGGCAGUGGCAGCAGGGCUCCUUCAGCCGGGUGACCAGUUGGCUGCGUUGGAAUCAAGUGCUUGUGUGUUGAGCACUCGACCCGUUCAAAACCAAGGCUAUUUUGCACCUUUGACAGAGGAAGGCCAGCUGGAAGUUGGUGGCGUUUCUGCUUCCUGCUACAUCGAGAUCUGCCUUUUCGGAUGGAAGGUCCCACAUCACGUGAUGAACGUUGUCAUGUGGCCCUUCCGCGUGAACCCCGCAUGGAUGCCCAAAGCAUGGCCUCAAUUCCAGUCUUUGGGCCUUGACUCAGCGCAGUCUGUAAGAGCGGCGCUGGCGCAAGUCCUGGGCCCUGUGGCCAAGGCUUUGGGCCGAGAUGUCACACAGCGACAGCUGCUCAGUCUCAUCUCCGACCUGAUGAAGGACGAGUUCCAUGACGUGCGACUGAACAUCGUCUCCCAUGCGGGUCUCAUUUGCGAAGUUUUGAGCGUUGAUGGUCUCGUCCAUUCGCUGCUGCACACCGUGCAGAAUCUCAUCAUGGACAAUCAUUGGCGAAUUCGCCAAAGCGUGGUGGAGCAGGUCCCCAAGCUCUCCCGGCUCUUCGGCAUGGAGAUGUUCCAGUCCAAGCUCGAGAACAUCUUCCUCUCCAGCCUCCGCGACUCCGUCCAUUCCGUGCGUCAGGCCGCGAUUCAGCACUUGAAGGACAUCGCUGACACCUUCGGUUCCCAAUGGACCGUGGAACAUUUGUUGCCCAAAUUGGUCGAGCAGUACUCCGGCAGCGUGGGCUAUGCCAACCGCGUCACCACGCUUCAUGUACUGCCACAAGUCUCCUUCGUGAUGACGCCAGAGCAGCUGGUGCAAUGCAUCGUGCCAUUGCUUGUGAGGGCCACCAAGGAUAGCGUGCCGAACGUGCGCUUUUGCGCAUGCCGCACGAUCAUGUGGAUGAUGGAGCAUCACAACCUUGGCGCACAAAACAUCAACACCAUCAUCAAGCCUUGCUUGUCUGAGUUGGAACAUGAUCCGGACAUUGACGUCCAGUACUACGCACAAAGGGCUUUGCUGCUUUGCGCCCGCCUUGGCGUGUGA